AUGAGGGAUUGCUUACAGAAGACGGAAGGUGCAAACGCCCGUCUCCAGUCACAAAACUUUCCACACUUGCCCAACACAACCCUCACAAUACUACCUCCAAGUGGAACGUCGCGCUCAGUGCUGCACUUUCUUGCGGGUUCGCCACUGCGCAAACUCGCGUGCGCAGCCAUGGACACGUUUCGGGAGCACCUCGUGAACGCCGCAAAACGACGGGAGGCUUGCCCAGUGACCGGCGGAUUCAGAUGCGAUUCUUACAUUCGUCGAGCGCACGAGAAAUGGACGCAUCAAUUCUGCAAAGCCAUCAUCGCCUCCCUUCCGCGCGAGCUCAGAGAUAUGGUGUACGGAGAGAUCGUCGGUGGCAAGCACACGAUUCUUGUUGCGUGGGAUGCCUAUCUAGCCCCAACUUUGAAGGCGACUGGAAUCGAAGAUCUACUCUCAUCUUCUGCGAUUCACGAGAAGUUCUGUUCGGAACUAGCCGAAGCAAUGUACACCGCUUGUACUUUCCAGAUCAGGCACCCCAGAUAUAUCGAAACCUUUAUGAAGAGCGGAACCUACGGUGUACACAGCCAGCCGUGUAAAUCAUAUCUCCGCCGUCUGCACAUAAACAUUGAUGGCUCUAUGGCCAACUCGAAGCAAGUCGAGGGGAUCGAAAAGCUUCGUCUAUUUUCAGCGAAUCAACAUGUCCUGGUCGAGCUGCAAUUCAAUCUCGACUUGGCGAGAACGAAGUCGAUGCUCAAGCAACUGGGUUCACUUUUUUACGACCUCAUGGGUCAGAACAAGGUCUUCAAGGUGAUUUGGAGAUCAUCUGCUGGCCUCAACCAUGCAGCUCGUAUCUGUGACAUUACAUGGCUGUUGAGUAAUACUCUUCAACAAUAUCUAGACAUGGUGGCGAAUGUGAACGGCUAUAUUGACUUAGAAAAGCCCUCGGAAUAG